GUCCUGCCAGCCACCCACAACUCUCCGAGGUAUAAAUACCAACACCGUUAGUAAACCGUCAGUUGCACUCUACUCACUAGUAGCUAAACAUGAAGUCUUUCGUUGCUGUCCUUGCCUUUGUUGCCUCAGCUUCUGCUGCUGUUCUCCCCGCAGCUUACUACGGUGGAGCAUACUCCUACCCCUUAGCUUACGGAUACACUGCUGCCGCCCCUGGAUACGCCUAUGCUGCUCAGCCCAUUGCUGCUCAAUUUGCCCCUGUUGCUGGACUCUAUGCCAACACCUUCGAUGCUUCUGUCGCCUACUCUCAAGCCUACCCUAUUGCUGAGGGUUACGCACACCAAGAGAUCGAGGCUGAACCUUACAUCCACACAGAAGUUGAGGCUGAACCCUAUGUCCAUGAAGAAAUUGAGGCCGAACCCUAUGUCCAUGAGGAGCCCGUAGAGGCUGAGGUUGAGAUCGCUGCUGAGCCCUAUGUUCAUGAGGAAAUCGAGGCUGAGCCCUACAUCCACACUGAGGAGGCUGCUGAGCCCUACAUCCAUGUUGAGGGAGCCGCUGCCCCCAUUGCUUAUGCUGCUGCCCCUGUCGCCUAUGCCCAUGCUGCUUAUGCUCCUGCCACCUAUGCUGCUGCCCCUGUUGCUCUCAACUACGCUGCUGCUCCCGUUGCUGCUUACAACUAUGCCACUGCCCCCGUUGCUGCUUACAACUAUGCUGCUGCCCCCUUCGGUCUGACCUACGCCGCUCAGCCCGUUGUGGCCCAGGCCUAAGCAACAAACUUUGUGGGUAAAGGGUACUAUGUAUCCUUUAGACUGCUAAGACUACAUGCAGAAAAGAAAUCUGAGACUCAAGUGCAAAAAGGACGGUUAACGAAGGCUUUGAAAGACAUAUUUGUGACCACAUAGGACUUACCCAAGUCAGUUUGUGAAAUGUUUAGAGUUCCCUUGAAUAGAGUGAAUUUGUCAAGUAAAUUAUUUGAGAAAUAAAACGAAAAAUUUUUAAA